GGCUAAGAAGCGUAAGGAGACGUUGAGCAGUACUCGACAGGAGAUGACAGUGAUGGUUAACUCUAUGGACAAGAGUUGUACGGAGCAGGGGACAAACUGCGACGAGGCCUUGUCCUUCAUGGACACACACAGCCAAACCCUCAACACCAGGAGUGAGUGUACCCUCACACUCAAUGGCCGUAGCGAGUGCACCCUCACCGUCAAUGGCAGAACUGUGUUGUCCCCUUCCUCCUUCACCCUGAAUAAGUCUAAUACUCUCAGUUCAACGCUCCCCAAGUCCUACUACCCAGAUCCAUUUGUGCCGACUGCUAUCUUAGUCUGA